AUGUCUCUAGUUUCUAAGAAGGUCAUUAGAAAAGAAAAAUUUGGAAGACAUUUGAAUGAAACAAAAAGAAGUGUCAGUGAAGUAAACGUCACUGUGGUUUUGUUUUAUUGUCCUAAAAUUUAUUGUACUGAAAGUGGUUUUAAAAUUUACCGGUUGAAAAGUGCAACUUGUUCUCGUCUAUGCACAUUUUCAGCACUGUUAUCAUAUAGUGUUCAAAACAAAAUACGAUUGACCAGCAAACAGUUAAUCGGUAUGGAAUCCGAUGACAGUUAUGAAACAGCAUCGGUAAAUCUAAAAGCCGAUACAGAAUCUGACUUCUCUGAUAAUCAGACCAGCGAUCAUAGUAGUCUUCAAUAUUUCAGAGAAGCGAAUGAUUCAAGUUAUGAUGGUUACCUGUCAAACACAGAAGGAACAACUGAUGCUUGUGCCAACAACAAAACUCACAGUUUUGCACAAAAGUGUAAAGAACAAGGGAAAAAAAUCAAACGAUUAGAACAAGAGCGUAUUGGCUUUCUAGAACAAAUUGCUGAUCUCUGUUCAUUACUAGAAAAGAAGCAACAAGAGCUGGUUGAAGUUUUGCAACUAUCAGAGGAGAAGGCAAAAUAUCAUGCUCACUAUAUGACAGAGGUAAGCAGUUUGUUAGCUGAACUAGGAACUUUGUUUCCUGAAACUUCAAGUGGAUGUAAUGCUGAAAAUAAGGCUUCAAAGAAUCAUUUAGAAGUCUAUAACAAAAGAGAGCAAUCCAAUUCAAAUGAAAGUAAAAACACUAAUCUAUCUUCUACUAAUUCAUCGGUAAACGGUAAUUGUACUUUUGAAUUACCAAGAGAUCAUCAUGGUCGUACUCUACUCAAUGCAUUGUCUGCUGCAGUGAAUGCUGCAAAGAAUAUGUACAAUAGGAGACCGUCAAAAAAUAAUUCUGAAAUACUACAAAUAUCAGCCUUACCAUCUGAAUCCAUAAAUGAUACUGGUUAUCCUUCUACAACAAUAACAACCAAUAAAUUACCACAUCAAUUUAUGCAAUCAACAGAAUCAACAAAGAAUUCAAUAGCUUCAGAAGUGCGUAUACUGCCAUCAUUUUGUUGGAGUGCUGAUCAUGUACUCUACUGGUUACGUGAAUAUGUUUGUUUACCAGGUGGAUGUUUAGAGGCUGCUAGUCAAUUACGAAUGGAUGGAAAACAGUUGACAACUAUAAUUGAUAAAAAAGUUGAAAAACUACUUCAUCUAAAUGAUGAAGGAUUACGGAGAAAGUUUUUUUCAGCCUUAGAAGAUUUACGAAUCCAUGGACCACCUGGUUUAUCCCGUCAUCCUGGUGCUAGUCAUAUAAACUACCAUUGGAUCUGUGAUGUCUGGUUAAAGCAUCAUCUGGGUCUAGUACACUUAAUCCAUUUAUUCUCAGUUCGUCGUAUCGAUGGUCGAAUGUUGUCCAGUUUAAUUCGUUAUAAACGUGAAAAACGUCCACGACAUUAUAAACAUCGUCAUAGUUCACAUAAACGGAAAAGUAAACAUAAUAAUGAUGUUAGUGAUGAUAAUAGUACUGAUGAUCAUGAUAUUAUUAUCUCUAAUCCAACUGAUGAUAUCCCCCUUGAAAAUUAUUCAGAACAAAAUCUUAUCAAUUUAAAAACAAACAAAGUCAUCAAUCAUAAUGAUACUCCUGUAAACGGUAGAAUUAACAACUCAAUUGUACAAACAUGUGAUAAUCAUAAGACUGACAGUAGUAUUGAACAAUCUACAACCACACGUAACUGGCAUGUAGCUGGACGUAAAGAAAUGCUACAUAUUCUAUUAGGUCAACCGUCAAAUAUAUCUUCAUCAUCAAAUAGUGGUGGAGAUUUAUCUACAGACUGUAAAUAUUUACUUGGUAAAAAAGAAGUGGAAAGUUUACGUGCUGCUAUUGAACUAUUGCAUCAACAUCAUUUCAAUGUGGAGUCUAUCGAGAAAAUUCGUACUAAAACAGAUCCUAUUGAACUAGAUCUAUUAUACUGGACAAAUGAUCAUAUCAGUAAAUGGUUAUGCGAUUUAGGUCUGAAGGAUUUUACGCAUGGAAUUGAAGCAACUGGUUUACAUGGUGCAUAUAUGGUAUUGGAUACAAGUUUUGAUAUUGAUACACUGAUUAAACGUCUUCGUAUACCAGUGAAUAUUGCAACUACACACAAACUAAAUGAACACCUACAACGUGUGUUGAAACCAGCCAGGCAUAAAAUCUUUCGACGUCGUAGUGUUAGUCGACCAAAUUGUUCAGUCAAUACAAUGCAACGUAGUAUGACAUCGAAUAGUGCAAUAAAUGGAAGUUAUCUAUCCUUGACACAUUCAUCAUCGAAUGACGUUAGUUGUCAUUCAACAGUGACUGGGAAUCUAAUGAAUGCAAAUCAUGACAAUAAUAAUAAUAAUAACAAAAUUCUAACAUCUCCAUCAUCACCUCCAUCUCUUCCUGUAUAUUUACCAAAUUGCACCAAAACAAAUAAUAUUCAUGAAACUGAAUCUCUCAAUCUAGUUAGCAAGAACAUUGAUCUAACAUCAAAUAAUCCUAUUGGAUUGACACCUAAACGAGAAAAACGUAGAGUUUUCAAUGUUACAACUGAUAUAAUGGGUUCCAAUCGCUUAACACGUGUUUUUACACGUAAUCAUAAGACAUCACGAACUACUAUAGAUCAAUCGUCUAAUAAUCCAUCAGGUAUACAAAUAUUGAGACAAAUGUCAAUUACAGGCUUAAAUAGUAAUGAUAAUAGUAAUAACACUAAUAGUUCAAAUAAUAAUCUUGACUGGUUAUCCGAUGUUGAAGAUAAAUCAAACACUUUGGUUAGAAAACAAUCAGAUAAAGGUCUAUUCAAUCCGUCUACAUCGAAAUCACUUCAAGAUAAUGAUAGUAGUAAUCAUAAGAAGAAGAAUAAAUCGACGAAAGUUCAAAGUGGAAUUUCAACAAAGUCAAUACCUUUAAAUCAUAAUGACAGCAAUAAUAGUAGUACAAAUAACACAGAAUAUAAAAAGACAACACUAUACAGACAAGCUGUUCAGGUGAGUUAAUUGUAUAUGCGUUUUUAAUUAACUUUUUAACAUUCAUUUUAAUUAGAUAAUAAUAUUUUCCAGAAAUAGAAUAAUUAAUCUGCAAAAUAUUUACAAACUAUACAAUUCACAAGUGAGCCCUACUCUAUUAACAGUCAAUUCAUAAAGAAAUAAAUCCUAAUGACAAUUUCUAGCCUGUUGAUAAAACCCUUUGGAGAUAAACAUCAUUGCUCAGAGAAAGAUAAAUGUACUGUUUUUUUGGAUCAGAAUACCGUUAAAAAUUUGUAAAUCUAAAAGUAUUCAACAGACUUAUUGCUUCAUUCUUUUUUUUUUGAAGGUUUUGGGAAUUUCAUUGACUUCAAGUUGAGAUAUGUCAAGAAUUGACAUCAACUUGAGAAACAAUAAAAACGUGAGAAAUUUGGACAGACCCCUUCAGGGGUCGAGCCCAAGAUCUUUCCAGUUUCCAGUACAGUAGGUCAACAUGGACCCACUGUGUCGGAACACAAUGGUUUACAUUUCCCUACUUUUGUCACCUGAUAAUACAGUGCGACCUUCACCUAGUAUUAUGGUUCAGUAUUUGUUUUCAUGUUCUCAUGGUUUCCCCCCACCGGCCACGACUUCACAUUAGAACUUCGAAGAAUCUCAUCUAAUUGCAUGACAAUAAUGAGGUCUUCAUUGUCAAUUGAUAAUUUGGGCAUUUUAAUACGACAUACGUUUUCGUAUUCACAGGUCUGAGUGGUAGCAUUCUCUAUUUCCAAUCAAACUGUAUUACUUAAUUUAGCGAAAACCAAAGAAUUGGAUACAUAAAAGUUCCUCACAUAACUCACUACUUAAUAGAUUUAGUACUGAACAUGUACUGUCUAAAUCGAGAGCCAAUAAGAGUUAUAAAAAUUUUCCAUUCAGCAUUCAACAAUACGCAUGAGCACGUACAGUAAAUAAUGAUAUGAAAGGUAACUAGCACAGAAUCUCUCAUCGUGUUUAUUCGAAAGAGAUAUACUACAAUAUAGAUAAAUGGUUUUAUAAGUGUAAAACUUAGGCAGUGUGAUAGAAUGUAAUUCCACAGUGAAUGAUACCGUAUUAUUUACUAGAUGACGUUUACAUAAUCAACUAUGUGACAUAAUCAUACCAAUAUAAUCACACUACUUUCGACUCCCACCCAUCGUAUUGUGUGGUUGUGUGUUAAUGCUUAUACUGCAAUAACUGAGUUUUUUUUCUAGAUUAUUGAUCCUAUUCGGGUCUGUCAUCACGUAUUUGGCAUGAAAUUUGACAGACUAGAUUAUUUUGCUCAAUUGGUUCUAUCUAAUGCUUAAGCCAGCCUGCAAAGCUUAUCCGAGAUUGGUUGUGACAGAGUUGAAGUCUAGAUACCUGUGAGAAUGUGUCGAUAUCUAGACCUCAAGUCAUCUCAUCCAAUGUCAGUUAAGGCAGGUUUAGUCAAAUGUCUAAAUGAUAGAGCUAGAAAACUGACUAGUCAGUGGAAGGACCUAAACAAGGGACUAAAGUAUAUAAAAGAAUCGCUUAUAGUUAAUAGUUAUCCUCUACAUUUUAUUAGGAAAUUCGUACAAAUACAAGAAACAAAAUAAUAACGACAACACGAGUAGAAAGGAGUUCACAGCUUCCAUUGUGUUACCCUAUAAGGAAGGAACAUCAGAAACAUCAACAAAGCUGGAAUUGGGGUAUGGUUUAAACUUACAAACUCACUCAAAGAAAAGCCUUGUCGCCUAGCU